CUUUUGCAAGUCCUCAUUUACCAUGGCCUCUUUCCUACUGCUCCCUCCCAACCACGCAUGGCCAUUUCCACAGACCUACUCACAUUCUAUUGUGCUUUGUUUGAGCGUUCAUGUGACGCUAUCCAUGCGCUUGCCCAUGCCCUAAAGACCCAUUAU